GAGAAAAAGUUCGGGUCAGGCAUCGAGAGAAAGGAAAGAGGAAGAGGAGGAGGAGGAGGAGGAGGAAGAACAGCCCAGCCUUGCCAGAGGACCAGGAUCUUUAGCGGGAGACAGGGAUAGGGGCAAACACCAUGGCACUAGUGGCUCAGCUGUUCUGCAGGGAGACCCUGACCACCGCGGCCCUUGCCCUCAUUGUCUUCUUGUUCCUUUUGGAAUUCUCAAAACGGUGGCAGAGACCCCUCCGCUAUCCUCCGGGCCCCCCCUUGAUGCCCCUGCUGGGAAACACGCUCCAAGUGGACUUUAGGGAUCUCCAUGACUCCUUCAAACAACUCCGGGCAAAGUUUGGGGAUGUCUUUAGCCUCCAGAUGGUCCGGACCCCUGUGGUGGUGUUGAACGGGCACAAAGCUGUCCUUGAGGCCUUGGUGCAGAAGUCUGAGGAUACUUCGGACAGGCCACCCUCACCGGUCUACAAGCACCUGGGCUUUGGGCCCAGUGCCCAAGGUGUGAUAUUGGCCAGGUAUGGGAAAGCCUGGAAGGAGCAAAGAAGAUUCUCCUUGACCACCUUGAGGAACUUUGGGCUGGGAAAGCAGUCCCUGGAGAAGUGGGUGACCACCGAGGCAACCUUUCUCUGCGCUGCCUUUGCCUCCAAGGAAGGACAACCCUUUGACCCUUGCUCUCUCCUGACCGGCUGUGUCACCAAUGUGAUCUCCUUUCUGACGUAUGGGAAUCGAUUCAGUUAUGAGGACCAGAGGCUGCAGAAGCUUCGGGGCCUAAUAGAGGCAAGCCUGAAGGAGGACACAGGGCUGAUGCGGCAGGUGGUAAAUGACUUCCCAGUGCUCCUUUCCAUCCCGGGCCUGCCCCAGAGGCUUUUCCGAGCUCAGAAGGCUUUAUUUGAUAUUCUGGAUGAAUUCUUAGAAGAACACAGGAAGACCUGGGACCCAGCUCAACCCCGGGACCUGACUGACACCUUCCUGAUGGAGAUAGAGAAGGCUAAGGGGAUCCCAGGGACCAGUUUCAACCCCGAAAACCUCCGCAUGGUCAUAGGGGACCUGUUCACUGCGGGCAUGGCAACCACUACCGCCACCCUACAGUGGGGACUGCUGCUGAUGCUGCUCCAUCCCGGUGUCCAGCGCAGGGUCCAGGAGGAAAUAGACAGAGUGAUUGGCCAGAACCAGAGGCCAACCAUGAAGGACCAGGCCCACAUGCCAUUCACCAAUGCUGUGAUACAUGAAAUUCAGCGCUUCUCAGACAUUAUUCCCCUGGGUGUCCCACACAUGACAAGCCGGGACACUGAGAUCCAAGGCUUCUUCAUCCCCAAGGGGACCACCCUGAUCACCAACCUGUCCUCGGUGCUGAAAGAUGAAUCGUCCUGGGAGCAGCCUUACCGGUUCUGGCCGGAGCACUUCCUGAACGCAGAGGGCCGCUUUGUGAAGCCAGAAGCCUUCAUCCCUUUCUCAGCAGGCCGCCGAAUGUGCCUGGGGGAGCCACUGGCCAAGAUGGAACUGUUCCUGUUUUUCACAAGCCUGCUACAGGACUUCACCUUUGUCCUGCCCCCGGGGCACACCCCACCCAGUGACAAGGCCAAUGCCUCAUUUUUCUCAGCCCCUCAGCCCUUCCAACUUUGCGCUAUGUCCAGAUAGGAGAGGUGUCCGCCAAGGAUCUCAACAGCCUCAUCAUGGCCCUUUGACUAGCCCCACAUAACCCUCUCCUCUUGAGCUAAGGGAUCAUGUCACUGACAUUACAGGGAAUAAACCACUUCUGGGCUCCUA